AUAAAAAAAAAAUUAAAAACCUCAUCUUCAGUUUUUUUGCCAAAGACAUUUAUUUUGAAGGCAGAGCAACAGAGAGAGGAGAGAGGAGAGAGUAAGAGGGAAAGAGGCAUUUUCCAUCCACUCCAGUUUUAAAUGGUUGCAACACUCAGGCUGGGUUAGGCGAGAGCCAGUAGUUCGUUCUAGGUCUCCCACAUGGGUGGCAGGGACCCGAGCACUUAGACCAUCAUCUGCUGCCUUCAUAGGCAUGUUAGCCGGCAGCUGGAUCCGAAGGCGAGAAGCCAGGACUCUGAUAUGGGUUACCGGCAUCAUUCACAAGCAGAGGCUUAACCCCACACCGCACCACACAGUGCUUGCCCCACGGUCUGUUAACAGGUGGACAGAGGCCAGGUGAAAUUUAAAUCAGCAUUAAGUUAUGAGCUCUUGAACCAAAACACUUGUCUUCCUAGGAACAAGAUAGCCGGGUAGGCAUGGGAGUACUUUUCUGGUGGUGGAGUUAGAAUUACAAGGGAGCUGUGGACUGUGGUAAGGCUGCAGUGUUGACUUUGCACUCCCAUUUUCCCCGCACCCCAAGGCAUCUAGGCUGAGCCUGCUCCAGGUUCAGAUUAUAAGGCAAGGUGUUUUUUUCUUAGAAGCGCCAGUAUUUUUCAUAAGCGAGAUCCCAGUAGCAUCAACAUCACAAUCACCGGACCCAGGGUAAAAAUGUUGCCAGGGGUGGCCUGCCUAGGAAGCGCCAGCCUCUACCCUGCGACCCCCGAGGGGAGCACCGAGCCGCCCGCUGUCCCGCCCCCGCGUUCCGGCUCCUCCCACCCGGGCCUUCCGCCUCAAUCUUUGGCGGGAAGACGCCGGCUGCUAAGGCGCGGCAAGAUGUCGGGGUCCGGCACUGCAGCUGAGGAGAAGGCGGGCUCCAGACAGCGGUCCCAGGUGAAUGAAUAUAAAGAAAACGAAAACACUGAUUAUGUAUCUCUGAGACCAAUACAGACUACGGUUUUAGGAAAAACAGCAAAGGUUUAUCUUACGCCUUUCUCACUGAAUACUUACAAACUAGGCCAAUUUAAGUGCCCCAAAUCCCUAUUAGAAAAGAAUUCUAACAAUGAAGUCAUGUGUAAGAAAACUGAAAUAAAGAAAACUUGCAGAAUGCUUUUAACUCCAAAGAUGAAAGCCACAUCCUCCAAGACAGAAUCUACUGUGCAAAAACCAUCCCUAGAUAUAAAUACUGAAAGUAGCAAGCUGCUAUACAAGAGUACUUCAGAUGUGGUGAUUCUCAGUGAUGAUGUGGAAAGCAGUCAGGAUGGGGAAAGUGAUGAAGAUAACACACCAGGCCUGGAUGAUUUUUCAGGAUUGUCACCAUAUGAAAGGAAGAGACUGAAGAACAUAUCAGAAAAUGCAAACUUUUUUGCUUCUCUUCAGUUGUCUGAGUCAGCUGCAAGGCUCCGUGAAAUGAUAAAGAAGAGCAAGCCUCCUGAAUCUAAGAGAAAGAAGCCUAAGAAGAGAGAAAAUGAAAUUGGAUGUAGAAGGUCAAUGCGAUUGCUAAAAGUAGAUCCUUCAGGAAUUCCAUUACCAGAAACUCCUACACAGCCAACACCAGAAGAAGAUGAAAAUCCUUUGUUACCUCCUGGGCCGUUAGAAAUGGUUCCUGAAAAUCGAGAUGACAACAGUGAGCUACUCAAAGGAUUCCUGCUGACAUGGGCAGAAAUGAGCAAGUCCAGUAGUAAGAACACGGAGCAGAAGUUAUCUAGCAUUAAAAGCUACAAAGCCAAUUUAAAUGGCAUGGUCAUUAAUGAAGAUACUGUUUGUAAAGUUACCAGAGGCGCAGUAUUCUCUGUGGCUCUUCACCCAUCAGAAACUAGAACUUUGGUAGCAGCUGGGGCCAAAUCUGGGCAAGUUGGACUUUGGGAUUUGUCCCAGUACCCUAAAGAAGAUGGUGUUUAUGUUUUUCAUCCCCAUAGUCAGCCAGUGAGCUGUCUCUGCUUCUCACCUGCUAACCCAUCUCACCUCCUGUCACUGAGCUAUGAUGGCACAUUACGCUGUGGGGAUUUUUCCAGAGCUGUUUUUGAAGAGGUAUAUAGGAAUGAAAGGAGUAGCUUUUCCUCCUUUGACUUGUUGGCAGAAGAUGCCUCCACUCUAAUAGUAGGACACUGGGAUGGAAGUAUGUCACUCGUGGAUAGACGGACACCUGGAACUUCUUGUGAGAAACUCAUCAAUUCUUCUAUGAGAAAAAUAAGAACUGUUCAUGUCCACCCAGUACACAGACAGUAUUUCAUCACUGCAGGAUUGAGUGAUACUCACAUUUAUGAUGCAAGGCACCUGAAGCCCAGAAGUCAGCCUUUGAUUUCUUUGACUGAACAUACAAAGAGCAUUGCUUCUGCCUACUUUUCACCUCUAACUGGUAACAGAGUGGUGACCACAAGUGCUGAUUGUAAGCUGAGAAUCUUUGACAGCAGCUGUUUAUCCUCUCAGAUAGCGCUCCUCACCACCAUCAGGCACAACACUAUCACUGGGCGAUGGCUGACGAGGUUCCAGGCCGUGUGGGACCCUAAACAAGAAGACUGUAUCGUAGUUGGCAGCAUGGCCCACCCACGGCGGGUAGAAGUCUUUCACGAGACAGGGAAGAGUGUGCAUUCUUUUUUUGGUGGAGAGUGCCUUGCUUCUGUGUGUUCCAUCAACGCCAUGCACCCGACUCGGUAUAUUUUGGCUGGAGGUAAUUCCAGUGGGAAGAUACAUGUUUUCAUGGAUCAAGAAAGCUGCUGAGUUUUUGGUUUCGGAAGAGCAAUUUGUUCAGAGGGGUAACUGGCUAAGGAACCUCGUGACCCAGUGACUGAGUGUAUUAACUUAUCAACAGGGUACAUGCAGGACUCUAAAUUGCUUUAUUAAUAAGACCUAUGAACGGAAAGUACUUUGAAUGAGGGAGCAGCUUGGAGGCCUUCUGUACAGGAUAGUGGGGGGAUUUGAGCAGAGGCUGAGAUGUGUUCAGCACUUAACUGGGCAGUAUGUUGAGAGUCUGACAUACAUUACAAGCCUUUGAAUGAUCACUGUUAAAAGUUUCUGUGAUCUGAUGACAGGUUGUGAUUCCAUAGUGAUACUUAGAUUUGUGAUUUAUUUUCUAAUUCAGGAUAUUUAUUUCUAGACUCACACUGGAAGAAGUCCUGAAAGGUCAUCUAUUUCAGUGGCUUAGAAACUUUUUUAGUUUAACCAAGGAGACCUUUUUGCGCGCAGCCUCUAAGUUAACUCUUCCACAAAGCGCAAGGUAAACGCCGAGCAGCUGUGGUUCCCUGGGGCAAGGCCUGCGUCUGUCUGCUGAGCCUUUCCUGCCCGCCCGCCGGGCUCAGGCUGUGUCUGCUGUGAGCCCUCUGCCCCAGGCUGCUGUUUCCUAGCCUAGGAGUUGCAGCUCUCUUCUCUUGCAGUCAGCUUCGUAGUCAUGACUAGUGUUUAAAAAGUGAAAAGGAAAGAAUUCGUAACGAACAGCAAACCUAGUAAGUAUUGCUUUGUACAACUUAGUUACAUAAGCAUAUAUCUAUCUGUAGGUAUAUAUGUUUAUGUAUAUUCGAGUGUAAAAUAUUUUUUAAUUGUUGUGGGACAGUUGAGUCGUAAGAAUUAAUCCCCUGCCUUACAGUGUCUCCCCCAAACAGCCUGUCCCUAAAUUCUCCAGAAGAUUCAGCAGCCUGUUACAUGAAGACCUUCGUUCCUAUCUGAGGGAAGUGUUAUAAAAUACCACUUUUGGCAUUUCUUUUUUUUUUUUUUUUUUUUUUUUUUUGACAGGCAGAGUGGACAGUGAGAGAGAGAGACAGAGAAAGGUCUUCCUUUGCCGUUGGUUCACCCUCCAAUGGCCGCCGCGGCCGGCGCGCUGCGGCCGGCGCACCGCACCGAUCCGAUGGCAGGAGCCAGGAGCCAGGUGCUUUUCCUGGUCUCCCAUGGGGUGCAGGGCCCAAGCACCUGGGCCAUCCUCCACUGCACUCCCGGGCCACAGCAGAGGGCUGGCCUGGAAGAGGGGCAACCGGGACAGAAUCCGGCGCCCCGACCGGGACUAGAACCCGGUGUGCCGGCGCCGCUAGGCGGAGGAUUAGCCUAGUGAGCCGCGGCGCCGGCCCUGGCAUUUCUUUAUAAUGUUUUCUUUUCAGAAGCUAUAGUAAGUUCAACGUGUCUGUGCCUGGGAAGGGCAACUGCUGUGUCAGUGACUAAUGUUACCGAGUGACAUCUGUCCAGCUUGUUCAUUGCCAAGCUACUCCUGAAAGCCUUGUAGAUAGCUUCAGCUAUUGAAUUCUCAGGAGGAAUUAUCUUCUCAUAAUUCUGUAUGACAGAAAUAAAGUGAUAUGUAAUUUC